AAUUAAUGAAUUAAAUAUUCUAGUAUAUUAUUCAAAACCCCACUUCCAAGCAAACUAAGCAGCGAAUGGUGUAAUUAGUAAUUACUAAUUUUUGUAAUUAUGAAGCCUAUAAAACAGUACUGCAUGAGCAACCGUUGAUUCCACCGUUCCAUGGAUUGCCGGGAAGAUUUCCGCUCAAUUCUUCCAUUUUUGCCGGUGAUCAUCCGGUCCGACGCCGCCCAUUGGCCUCCGCCGGUGGAGGAAGCUCUCAGGUACCUGUCCAGGGGCACGAGUCAGAGCAAUGUCAAUUCCGGUCAACUCUUUGCCCUUGCCAUCGCCGACCUGCGAAAUUCUCUCGGCGUUUCUACUCUCCAUCCCUCUGCAUCGCUUGGCUUAUCUCUAUUCUUCGACACUUUGAUGAGUAAGGAUGAGUCUGAGACUUGGUUUAGAGACGUUAUUCCAAGGCUUGCAGAUUUACUUCUAAAGUUGCCUGCACUGUUGGAAGCCCACUAUCAAAAUGCGGCCGUCACCAAUGGAAUGGAAACUGGUCUUAAAUUAUUGGAGGCGCAACAGCCAGGCAUUGUGAUUCUUAGUCAGGAAUUGAUUGCAGCUCUUCUGGCUUGUGCUCUUUUCUGCUUGUUUCCAACCACUGGUCGAGGCGAAAAACAUCUUCGAUCUAUCAACUUCGAUAAAUUAUUUUUAUGUCUACACGAGCGUAACAGGGCAAAUCAAGAAAAUAAAAUUAAGUGUAUAGUUCACUAUUUUGAGAGGGUAUGCAAGAAUAUGCCUGCAGGGAAUGUUUCCUUUGAGCGCAAAGUUCUCCCCUUGAGGAACAGUAGUCCAUCUAACAUUGUUUACCCGGAGGCUGAUUUCUGGAUCAACUCUACCAUUUCCCUCUGCAGGCUUGAGGUUCACAUACCUGGUUUAAUCGAGGAUCAGCCGACCGAAGCUCUCGAAGUGGACUUUGCAAAUAGAUACAUCGGCGGCGGUGUUCUGAGACGUGGCUGUGUUCAAGAAGAAAUCCGUUUCGUGACAAAUCCAGAACUGAUUACGAGCAUGCUAUUUCUGCCUAUGAUGGCAGAUAACGAGGCUAUCGAGAUUAUCGGCUCAGAAAGAUUCUCAAAUUACACCGGCUAUUCAUCUUCCUUCCGCUUUUCCGGCGACCAUGAGGAUGAAAAGGGUAUCGACAAAUUACGAAGGCGAAAAACGCGAAUAAUCGCGAUCGAUGCCCUUCGCCGCCCGGGAGAAGCACAGUACACGCCAGAAUGCCUCCUUCGUGAAAUUAAUAAGUCGUUUUGCGGCUUUUUCAAUUCAUUUGAAGGUGAAGGUGAAGAGAUUGGUGUAGCUACUGGGAAUUGGGGUUGUGGGGCUUUCGGGGGAGAUCCUCAAGUUAAGGCCGUGAUUCAAUGGCUGGCGGCUUCUCAAGCAAAGAGGCCUUUCGUGUUGUAUUAUACAUUUGGUUUGGAGCAGUUGGAGAAGCUUGAGAUGGUUGUGCAGUGGAUCGUGUCUCAAAAAUGGAGUGUGGGUGAGGUUUGGAGUAAGUUGGUGGAGUACUCGGGUCAGAGAUUGAGCGGGAAAACCGCGGUUGGAUUUUUCGAAUGGCUUAUAUGAUGAUGCACUCUGGUGUGAGUUUUUUUAUCUGUGUUUUAAGUGUUUGUGCAUUGUAUGUUUGUUGAAGAGUUUUUUAUCUGUGUUUUGAGUGUUUGUACAUUGUAUGAUGCACUCUGGUGCCGAGGAAAACAGCGACAUUUGCAUGGAGAAUGGAAUUUAUGAUACCAAAACUAUUACAAAACAGCAUAUGGAAUUUUCUACUUGCUUCCUCCACCAUAAUACGAAAAAUCUUCAACUUUGUUCACAGAGAUCAGAGUGGACAUUCUCAGAUGCAACUAAUGCAUAUAGCCAAUUCUUCUAGUGCAUAUGCUCUUGAAGCAAACUCUUACCCAACAUACACAACCACUCUCAAACACAAACCCAAAACUUGUCAAAACAAAAGCAAACCAACUUGAUCAUAUAAAAACAACAAAAUAGCAAAGUCGUCAAAAGUCGAAUUUCGCAUUGGACAUCAGAUCCAGUCACUUAUAACAAACACGCAAACAGAUUUUAUCCAAAAAACAGAGACUCAUGAACCCUCAGCAGCAGCAGGCUGUGUAACCCCAGACUUAAUCAGCAGCUUACUCAGCCCCUCUGGCGAACACACCUGAUACUUCACCUUCCCAUUAGAUAAAAACACCUCAGCAAGCUCAAGCUUCUCAGACGUGAGGCUCGUGCUAUCCAUCGUCUUGCUAAGCACCUUUAACGCAAGCUCAACAGCCUCUUCCCUAGUAAUCUCAUCCUUAUAAUCCUGCUUCAACAUCGACUGAGCCGCCUGAUUAUUUGCCCCAAUAGCCGCAGCCUUCCAGCCGCUGUAAUUCCCACUUGGGUCACUCAUGUACAGCUGGAAGCCAUAGUUUUUGUCCCACCCUGCAAAUAAAAACGAGACGCCAAACGGGCGAAGCCCACCAAACUGUGUGUACCCUUGCUUGGUGUCGCACAGUGAUUGGACCAGCUGUUCAACAGGCAUUGGCUCCUGAUAGGCUAACGUGUAGCGCUGGGCUUGGAUUCGGGCAGUGUUGAUGAGUAUGUUUGCAUCGGACAUUAUCCCGGCCACAGCACAAGCCACGUGAUCGUCGAUUUUGUACAUUUUCUCGGUGGAUGCAGAGGUUUGGAGGAGCUUCGAGGUCACUUUCUUCUCGCCGACUAAAACGACCCCGUCUUUGGAGAGUAAGCCUAUGGCACUUCCUGCAUUGCCAAUAGCUUCCAUUGCGUACUCAACUUGGUAAAGGCGGCCCUCCGGGGAGAAGAUGGUCGUGCGGCUGUCAUACCUUCGAGACAUCUCGAGUUCUACACAAAGAUCUGGAUAUGGAUGAAUAUGGAUUUCGUAAGAAGGAAGAACGAAUGGUUUGGGGAAAAUAUAUGCUCCUAACUUUUCUUCCAAGUAUUCAGCAUUACUUGUAAAAUAAUGUGUGCUUGUCAAUUUGAC